ACCGGUCUCGCGCGUGUGAUUGGGCGGCUCGCGGGAUUUAACCUACGUGCGUCCCUACGACCACCGCUACGUAUCGCUGCGCCUUCGAUCCACAGCGCGACGCCCCGGUCACUCCCCCCGCGCGGCUCCAUCCUUCAUGUAGGCGCAGCGCACUGCCGCGGCUUAAACGUGGAGGGAAGGACACGGAGAGGGACGCCGACACGUAGCGCGGCUUCAUUGUUAGUCAGGUGGAAUCGAAGCCUCCGCGGACGCGUUUCACCGCAGGACGUGGAGCGAGCGCUCGUGUCCCCGGGAGUCUGGAGGAGCAGCGUUUGAAAGGAAAACAAAUCUCAAGAGCCCCUGCCCAUCUUUCAAGAGUUUAGUCUCCAAUAUUAGCAUUAACAUCUAUUGAAGGGAAUGAAACCGGAUGGGGUUGCCAUGGAAACCACAGAACCCACUGAAGUUGCAGGAGUAGCAGAGCAGUCCUCAUCACAGGAUAACCUAACAGAGGAAGCUGCAAGUAAUCUAGAACCCAAAGCUGCUCCAAAGGCCAAUGGCAAACCAGCGGCAGCAGACCUGGAAGUCCAACCAAAAUCUGCCACAACUAAAACGCACCCCACCGUCAAAUCCACUGGGUCCUCUGGAGCUAACUCACGACCGGGGACUGCUUCGCAUCGCACGGUGAAUGAUGUCAAACCCUCUAGCCAUGCUUCUUCAGUUACACUUAAGAAAAUGCCGACAAAAGCAGGAGCUGUACCUAAAAAGCCUUUGGGUGGGACCACAGUUCCUACUACAGCCAAGAACCAAACUAGAGUGCCUGAGAAGAAGCCCCUUGGACCUACUAGGACAGCCUCUGCUGCCGUCACAGUAACAAAGGGUACCAAGCCAACAACCAUGAAUGGGACUGCUAAGAAACCAGUAGCUGAGACUGUUGCAAGACCCAAAACCACAGGUCUUACAAGCAGACCAUUGGCACCCACGGCCCCAAAACCCAGUACGUCGACUACAACAAGGGCCGUUGGUGCUGGUGUUUUAAAGACCACAAGACCUGCUACCGCUCUCUCAACAUCUCGAUCAGCAUCUUCCACAUCAAGGCCCGGUUUAGCUGCUACCAAGCCUCCAGCCAAUGUCGCUACAAAAGCAGUUCCAAGGGUGACCACAGCAACAUCUACUGGAAAGACUGCUACAGCACAAGCUCCUAAAAUUGCACCGACAAAGAAAGAUAUCUGUCGACCAGCUCCAGUGCCUAAGAAACCUGCAACAGCCACGUCAGUUCCCAAAAAACCAGAACCCUCUAAACCCGUAGCUACCGUUAAGCUCAAUUCUGCCUCCAAAUGGUCUGCAACAGCCAAGGCGUCAGAGAAAACUCUGCAACCUGUGAAACCUUCCACAAAGAAACCCGCAGCUGCUGUUAAAGUCCUUUCUAACAAACCACCCUUUGGACGAACCCCACCGGCCUCACCCGCCAACAAACCUGCCAAUAGUGUGUCUCAGCCGAAACCUGGAACCAAACCAACUCAGGCAGUCUCCCCUUUCACUACUGUCAAAAAGACGGGGGUUAGAGCCAUUCCCACAGCAGGUGUGGAAGGUCACGCACAAGGUCGUGUUGUCGCGCCAUUGGCGCCUUCUGCAACUGAGAGUGUACUAGUAGAAACGGAGGGUGCCGGGGCGGUCCCGCAAGAGCCAGUCCUUGCUGCCUCUACACCAGAAGUAUUGGCCCAGAGGGUUGCACCUCAAGAGUCUGUGCUAAACCAAGAAUCUGCUCCAUCUCCUCCACAAAGUCCUGUGAGGACAGCUUCACCACAAUUGUCUCCACCACAAGAGCAGGUAGAAAGCAGCGCUCCUUUACUAACAGUCCAGGAGGAGAUCUCUGUCCCAGCUGAGCAAACGAAACCACUUGCUGCCUCCCCUCUAUACGCGUCCAAUGAGCCUGUUCUUUUGUCGACAGACCAAACCCCAUCUACAUCCAAAUCGCCUCAAACAGCGGCAAAUGUUGGCCUACAGAUAGCUGCUGCUGCUGCUGCCAAUUUAGAUGAAGAGGAGGAUGAAGAGGAGAGGGAGGGAAGCCAGCUUGUGUCUGUGUCUGAAAUGAGCGGUACCACACAGCCAACAGAGGAGUCUCGUCCUGAGUCGGCAGGUCUAGUUGGUGGAUCUGCCUGGCGAGCUGCCGGCGCCCUGCUCUCUGAGCUGGACUCUGAGGAUGUGAGCGGCAGCCAGCAGGGGGCGUCUGAAUUAAGUGCCCCUGGUGUCUUGGAGGGCACAGAAAGUAUGGAUGAUCUGGGAGAUGGCAGUCUGAAAGGAGCCAUUGAUAUGGAAGGAGCCUCAGCAGGUUCACCUGACUUUGAGAAGGUUCCUGAUAUACCAGCAAAUGACUUUGACGAGGAUGAGGAUGAUGACGACAAUGAUCGCGUGUGUGACAUGGAUGUGGGCUCAGAGCAGACUGAUGAACCACAGCGAACCAGGCAUGACAAUGAUGUCGAUGAAGAGGAGGAGGAGGAUAAUGAUGUGGAGAUGGCUAGUGAGGGAAUAACGGAGAGCGGACUGGAAAGCUAUGGCAAUGCAGAUGAAGAUGACUUUGCUGAGGAUGAAAGGCUAGACAAUUUGAACAGGGUGGUCCAGCCCCCACCCCCCCCUCCCCUGCUGCCCUCAGCCCCUGCUGCUCAGUGGGACCAACCAAACCCUUUUUCUGACCCCUGGGCAGAACAUUUCCAGCAUGUACCCGAGCAAACCUCUCAGUGCGAAAACGUGGCAGGAGCAGCUGCAGCAACUCCUUUGGCAGAUUCUGAAACCCCAACACAGACCCCAGCACAUCUAGAACUGGGAUCUGCACCUUGUGUUUCUGAAAACCAAGACGUUUUCCAUCCUUCCUCUGGCAAGGAUGCAUCCAACGGUCUGGAUGACCAGUUGAACUUGGAUCAGUCCAGCCCAGCCCCAAUGAAAACCUCUCCCCCAGCUGCCCUCUCUGCCCCAGGCGUGCCUCCGUCAAGCACUGCGAGCAGUGAAACCAGCACGCCUGAGGAGCUUGGAGACUACAAUCAGGUUGAGAAGCUUCACCCCCAAGAUGCACAAGGCCCAGUGCUUUCUGGCCAGGCUGACCUGGCCUGUGAGAACCUCGACAUUCCCCUGGAGAAUGAGGAGGAAGCAGAGACCCUGCCUGCUGACGACGUCCUGGAAGGCCCUGCAACAGCCCCCACAUCCAAUCCCUCCUCAACCUCAGUCACGGAGGACGAGGCCAGUGACACGGAGGGAGAAGCUCAGUUGAAUGAUUCCCUGGAGCGCUCCACGACUGGCGACGCCACCUUUGAGUGCCAGACGUCCUCCCAGCGCUGCCUGUCCACUGUGGAGGAGGGGGAUGAGGUGGAGGAUGCGGAGCGCGGUGGGGGAGAUGACACCACUCCACCUUCAGCUACCUCGUUGGCCUCGUACGGCUUCGACUCCACGACCACGGCUUCAAACUCGCACGCCCAGUCGACCGGGGAGAGCUGCAUAAAGAGCCCUGGCAUCUUCUCUCUGGAGGAGCUGCCUGAGGAGGCCAAGGAGCCCGCUUUCAUUGCACAGCCCUGCCUUGCAGAACAACAGUACAUCGAGUGUGGGAAGCAGGAGGGAGGAUCUGAGCAUGUCAAGGGUGACGAACCGGGAUCAGACGAAGCCCUGGAUCCUGUGCCAGCCAUAGGCACUUUGCAGCAGCAGGAGGAAAUCCCAGAUGAAAUCCAGCCUCCCUACUAUUCUAUCUGUGAAAAGACUGCAAACGUUUAUGCAGGCUUCACUGCCCUCCCACACCCUCACCGCCGUGAUCACUUAGCACACCCCAGAACCUACUGCGACGUCAUCAAACCGCACAGCGCCGCCACCGCCACAGCACCAAAGCUGACCUGCGCUGACCUUCCACCCCGGAGUCCAGGACAGAAGGCGCUGAGCCCGCAGCUCCGUAGGCUGGAGCAACACCAGCGACAGCUGCUGGAGCUGCAGCAACGCAGGGAGCAACAAAGCAGGCCGCUGGAAGAGGCGGAGCAGGAGAGGAAGAAAAGGGAGGAAGAGGAGCAGAGGAAGAAAAAGGAGGAAGCAGAGGAAGAAAUAAAAAGGAACAGAGAGGAGGAGCGGCGGAUGCGAGAGCAGGUGGAACAGAAGCAGAAGGAAGAGGAGGAGCUCAAGCAGAGAAGAGACCUUGAACUGCAGCUCCAGCAGCAGCAGCAGGAGCUGCAGCAAAGGCAGCAACUCAUGCAGUGGCAGCAGGAGCUGGAACAGUCUAACAAAGGUCAGACAGUGAUGCUGUCUCCCUCCACUGGCCUCUGCACCAUCUAUGAAGCCCUGGAGAAUAGUGAGGAGGAGGAGGAUGAUGAAGAUGACGAUGAAAUAAAGGAGCACAACACUAAAGGGAUUGAAGAGACCAAACCAGAUGGAUUAAAUCAGGAGAUAGUUAAUUGUGAAACAUCAGGUCAAGACUCCCGUCCUCAGCCGGACUCCCCCCAGACAUCCAACAGUCUGUCCCAGGACGACCCAGACUCAUCCCCCUGUCCUCCCGAGUCUCCAGAACAGCCUCCGCCCCUAGACCUGGACUGGGGCAAGAAAGUGGACAUAGUCCAACAGCUGAUCAAUCAGACCCUGCUGCUGAACGGAGACGGCUGCUCGUCUCUGCUGCUGCUGCCAGGGGGCACGGGAGGCACGCUAAGCCCCCUGGAGAGCAGCCUGUGGCCCAGCCUGCUGCCGCCCCUCACCCCCCCCUCUGCCACUGUCACAUCUGUUAGUAGUUUUUCCCCAGAGGCCACUGGGAGCUCCCCACAGGGGGAGUGGACAGUGGUGGAGUUGGAGACACACCACUAACACUUACAUGCUACUGCACAUUACUGUAUUCAAAUACAGAGAAAGUAGGCUGGUUUCAUGCUGGACUUGGAUGGACCGAUAAAUUCGAAUGUCAAAGAGCCAAAUUAUAUUCAUCCAUUAGGUGACCUGAUGGUAGUGUAGAUGAAUGGUUCCCAUCAGUUAAAGAUUUCCAGAUGGGAGAGCGGGGGAUAAAGAGCGACCACACAUUUUGAAUAAUUACUGUAGCUGAAGUGGUCACGCUGAUAAAAUAAAGCCUGUGAUAAGGUCUGAAGCACUGAUAGACUCAUUUGAGUGAUACGUGAUUUGUAACUGUAUUGUGAAAACGAGCACAGAAGUCAUUAAUGUGCUAGUGGUGCUACAGUUUAACAAUUGACUUUUCUCUGAGCCCGUAGGAACAUGUCGUCUUUCUAAGUUUAUCUACUUACGCAAGUAAAUAUAGUAAAAGAUCGAAGCUUUGACUCCAGAUGCAUAGUUUAGUUUAACACUGAAUCAUUGAAAUGUUUAUAUUUUGUUAAUGAGAACGUCAAAACACUUUAUUCUGCAUAAAACAGUUUAAUGAAAUCUUACCUUUAUUCAAGCAUUUAUGUUGACUUUUCCGUUUUCAAUACAGUUGCUGUGUAAUUGUAGCAUCUACACAUACUAGGAUCCUAAUAACUGUAGAAUAUAAGCUACCUCCAGUUGUCAAUCACCCAGAAAUUCAGUGUUGCCUCAGAAACGGUCAGUAGGAAAGUUUCCAUGCAGCCAGUGCAGAUGUUGAGUCUCUGUUAUACAGAAAGACCAACACCACACUGCAGCAGUGAAACCUUUACCUGUCGUCUUCCACCACUGACAUCCUACAAACUUGCAUGCUGACACUUCAUUCAUCCUAAGCCUCACAUAAUGAAACCAAUUACUGACAGACUUCCAUGAUGCAUCCAUGGAAACUGGAUUGAACCUUAGUUUCUUUAUGCCAAAUCUUUGUGCCAUGAGUGGACACAUUUACACUCUGAUGGUGUCAACUGCCACGAUCAGUCCAGUGUAAACUGACUGGUCUGCUUUAAUUUGUUUUUGUCUCGUAUAUUCUAUUUAAUUGAAGCAAUAAUGUUUAUACAUGCAUUUAUUUUCCUUUAUGAGCCAGAAAAUAUACUGGAGAUGUCAUGCUACUGAAAAGUGAUAAAAGAUCACUGAUACUAUGCGAGUAACCUGAAGUCAAAUAUUGUAAUUAUAUUUUGAUUUUAAAGGCCUAGACACUGUCAGAUAGGGCUCCUGUUAUCCUUUACUCUGUUUCGUUUGGUAAUUGAAGGAAAUCAUCCUUAUUUCCUUUUGAAACCCACAGGGGGCAUAAUGAGGUUUUUAGGUUGCAAACACACACAGCAUUGUCUUAGUGGAUAAAUUCAAUUGUGCUGAUAGUUAUUAUUUGUCUCCCUUAGUUUUGCUCACACUUUAGAUGAUGAUACUUCUAUCACAGACUACAGAUAGAUGAUAGUUCAAUAGAUAGUAGUCAACACUACUGUGACAUUCAGGGGUCAUGGUAUUGGAUGAUUUUGAGGGAAAGGUGGUGGUGUUUUAUUACAAGGAGAUAUUGGGAGGACUCAGGUCAUUUUGGGUGAUUCAUGUAUUAUUGUUUGUUUAUAAUUGAUGACACUGUACGCUGAUGUCAGUCUGUUGUGCGGGUCCUGGGUGUAUUCAACGUCACUGUAGCACCAAACAGGUUCUUCAAAUCCAAAUUCUAUCAUUUCUAAGAUUCCUAUAGAUUUGACCGGAGGAUGAAGAUCCUUACAAUUACACAGGAAGAAACACGCUGUCUUCCGGUUUUACGGUAGAACCGCUAAAAUAUUUACAACGGGAAGCUAAAUGAACAGGUUUGGCAUCCAGUCAUUUUCCAACGACUCGUCUUGUCUGAUUGUCUUUGUGCACUACAGCAUAUAGAAAAACCUCUAUACCUAGCUUCCCCACUUUAUUGUCCAAGUUUGUGUUGAAGCAGAGAUGCAAACAGGUGUUUGUGUAAUGUCAUUUUGUGUUCCUGUACAUCCAGGUUGAACACGUAAUGUGUUUUUCACAAAGCUGGACUUUUUUAAAUGUUCGAUUUGCCUGGAUUCUGUUUUCUGUGAACUUGUGUGUACUGUUUAUGACUGAUCACUGUGAUGAAGGGAAGCCCCACUUUAGUUUUGUACUUUACAGAUUUAGAAUAUAGCAGCCCUUUCUGCGUCGUAUAUAGAUCUUCUUUAUGAGAAUGAGAUGAUUAGAGAAUGAAUGAUGCUGGUUGUAAAUGUUUGAUUUUAUUCUUCACUUUGAGUAAAAGCCUUUUUUAUGCCCACAAAACAGAACUCAUGAGCUGAACACUCAUUGCCAGGUCAAACAGAACAAAGCUGAACACCUUAAUUUCAUACUUGGCUCAAUUUCAAAUCUCUUGUUGGACAUUAAUUUAUUAAAAGGAAGUGAAGUAUACAUGUACUAAUUCAAAUGACUUGAAUUCUUUGAAAUAAAGUAAACUGGGUUUUUCACUUGUGAGGCCCACAUUAUGGCAGCUUAUUGUAAAGAUUUCCUAACUGUCUUUGAAUUUCUAAAAGACAAAUCUGUUAUUAUUUCAAUACAUUGGUAAAUUAAUAAAAGUUUUUUUUUAAAUAAAAUGCUUGAGCUUCUUUGCAA